AAUAAAAUUAAAACGAAGAAUAGUGGAUAGAUAAUGAAUUCAAGAAAAACUGAAAAUUAACAGUUUUAUUGAUUUAAAAAUUAAUUAUAAAAGUGUAAUUAUGAUUAUGAUUGCUUAUCAUUCAAAAGUAAUUUUAGGCUGUGAUGUGCUCUGUAAUGUGAUUAAUUUUUUAAUUAUUAAAAAACAGUAAUUAGAAGAAAUGCAAAUACUAGACAAGAGGAAUCAAUCGAUAUCUAUUGGUCAGAGUGGCAAUUGUUUUAUAUCGAUCCUGGGAGUCGAUAUUUCUCUGACAAUAGAACUGUCGAAAUUUAAACCAAUGAAAAUAAGGGUUGUAUGCAAUAAAUAGAAUUGAACAUAAAUAAUAAUCUGAUAAUACUUACAUCGAUUUUUAUAAGAAAAAUAAUGACGUGAAAAAAUUAUAAAAUUGAUAAAAAAUCAAGAAAAAAAUCAGCACAUUAAAUUAGUGUAAAAAUAACAUAAAUAAAAGAAGAAGAGAAAAGAAUUAUAAGUAAAUAAAGAUAAAGGGAUUUCGCAAUAAUGGUAUCAAGAUACGGAGUAGCUAAGGAUGGUACGAUUGGUGUAGCUGUCAGCAUUGGGCCAAUGCAUUGCUUUUUACCUCAUUGUGGCGGAGGUGCUGGUGGUCCAGCUCAUUUUUCAACUCAUCCACCAAAUAAUCCGCCAAACCACAAUCAUAUUCAUCCCCAUAACCACCAGUCUUUGAUACCGCCUCAGUCACUUAGUCCUCAACAACAUUUGAGACAGAUAAAUCACGUUCAACAACAGUCACAGCAUCAAAGUCAACAAUCACCUCAAUAUCGAAUUAUUGCUGGUUCUGAUUUUCAUGUGCCAGGACAAAGUUACGGCGCCCAACCAGGGGGGCAGGUGGGUGGUGGUGCAAGUAGUUUAGGGGUAUCAGGGGGAAGAGGACCGCCAUCACUAAGUGGUAUACAGUCGCUAGGACAAACAACACCAGGGUUACAAUCUGGUGGACCUGCUGGAGCCCAACAACCACCGGCUCAAACACCAACUCCUGGAGUUCAACAACAACAGCCACAAGGCCCACCAGUUACGACAACACCUCCAGUACACACACCAUCACCCCAAGAAAUGGGAAAACAAAUUCAUCAUCCGUCACAAUCAGCUUCUCUACAACAAUCUUAUGUUACUAAUCAGUCAAGAGCAGUUCAGCAGGGAUUUUUUCCAAUGGCUACUAGACCGGUACAAUCUCGAAACUCAGGUCAUAGAAAUAGUCAAGGAAGUGGCGCUUCUCAUGUAGUUAGUAUGCCCGGUGUUGCGGGAGGUGCUGGACAACCACCUACUCUAUAUUCACAUCAUGGUAACAUAAAUGUACCAGGAACACCGAUGCUUGUUCCUGGUCAAGUUCCUAGUAUCCACACAGGUCAUCAUACAACUAUGUAUUCUGUGAACAAUCAAAUGUCACAAAUUGCAUUUCAACAACACAGACAUCAAGCGCAUCAAGGUCAACAGUUUUUCACUAGUUUUCCAGCACAUGCACUGAUACAACCAAAUAUAUUCCCAUACACACCCGGGCCUACAGCGCAAUUUCAAUAUUGUUAUCCUCCUCAUCAUCCACAAAAUACUGCGAUGAACUUGAGUAGGACAAAUACUAAUACAAUGAGUGGAGGCGGUCAACAUAUAGGGGGUCCGCUGGCCGGAGCCCAAGGAACUGCUGGAGUUCCACAAGGUACGCUUCAACAACCGUCACAGCAGCCACAAACAAUACCUCAAAUGGCGAUAUCGCUUACCCCAACAGCUUAUACUGGACAUAGUACUGGUACGAUAAAUUCAAUAAAUCCUACGUAUCAAAAAGUAACAGCAAGACCUUGCGCAUUGAUGGAUAUCGUUGAUCCAACUACAGGCAAAAAUGUUGCUGAAGACAUUUAUAGAAAUGCUGCCGCUUCUCCAAGUGAAGACUCAAAUAGUAAAGAUACUAAUCAACCACAGAAUCAUGCGAUAAUUGCACAAUUCGCAUCGCUAGUUGCCAAGGCAGCAAACGAAGAUUUGGAUACGAAUACAAGUUCAUCGGCCAAUAAUGUCCAAAAUAAUCAACAAUCGUCUACACAAUCCAGUGCAAACAAUCAAAGUAUAAGGAACUCUAGACAUGCUGCCGCUUCCCCAAGUGAAGACUCGAAUAGUAAAGAUACUUCUCAACCACAGAAUCAUGCGAUAGUUGCACAAUUCGCAUCGCUAGUUGCCAAGGCAGCAAACGGAGAUUCGGAUACGACUACAAGUUCAUCGGCUAGUAAUGUCCAACAUAAUCAACAAUCGUCUACACAAUCCAGUGCAAACAAUCAAAGUAUAAGGAACUCUAGACAUGCUGCCGCUUCCCCAAGUGAAGACUCGAAUAGUAAAGAUUCUUCUCAACUACAGAAUCAUGCGAUAGUUGCACAAUUCGCAUCGCUAGUUGCCAAGGCAGCAAACGGAGAUUCGGCUACGACUACAAGUUCAUCGGCCAGUAAUGUCCAACAUAAUCAACAAUCGUCUACACAAUCCAGUGCAAAUAAUCAAAGUAUAAGGAACUCUAAAACCCAAUCAACCUCUAGCAAAGAUUCAAAGCCUUCUGUUGAAGAACCAACUUUAUUAUCCAACUCUACUAUUUCUAAUAAAGAAAAUAAUUCGACCAUUCAGUCGCCAUCAUCAUUGUCAACGCCUAGUGGUUUUAUACCUGACACAGAGUCAAAAAAUGUGUCACCAACUGAUUCUCAAGGACCCAGUGCUAUAACUGAUAAUUCGCAACCAGCUAAUGGUUCACCAGUGCUCUUUUCUAAUCGUGACCACACUCAGAAUGUGAAAACUUCAUCAAAUUCACCACCACGACGGAAAUCUCAUAAUCACUAUCAACAGCCCCAGCAACCAUCAGCGAAUAUUAGUGUAGUUACUGCAGCUAAUAAUUCUUCAGUUUCUGAUGUUCCAGCAACGAAUAAAGAUUCUAUUAAGGAUAAAAAAAUUAAUGAUAAGACUCUUAAUACUUCAAAUAAAGUUGCAUCGUCUACGAUUCCGAACCAAAACGAACAACAACCCACUUAUCAUCAUAAAUCUAAUGAGGAUGGAAUUGAAGACAAAACAGAAAUGGAAUCUGGAGCUAAAAAUGAUGUUCAACAAAAGGCAUCUGACAGCAAAUCAAUGCAGAAACAAAAAAAUAAAAAUAAACUUAAAGGCCGGGAUCUCAAUCGCAAAGGUGCUGAGAAAGAAGGCACCGAUAUGGAUGCUUUUGUAAAUCCAGUGCCACAACCAGUGAAACCAGAAGAAAAAGAACCCUUGCCAUCGAAGACUGGUCCAAAUGUUGAGCUACAACAGCAACAACAACAGCCACCAAUUAUUGAAGCUAUAGUAAUUGAAAAGAAAGAAAAGAAUUCUGAGAAAGUAGAGCCAACUGUACUGAGUCAACAGGAACAAUUAGUUAAAUCACUUUCGGUAGAGACAACAGUUCCUAAUUCUUUAGAAACGCCUGUGAAAGAUGAUGUACCUGUUGAAAAUUCAUUGACUGAAAAAAUAGUUGCUCCCGUAGUUGAAGAAUUAGAGAAAAAAGUAGUUAAAGAUUCACCAGCAAUCAUUGAAGACAGUAAAAAAUCUUCUAAUUUGCCAGAAAAAAAGAAUAAUGAUGUUGUUGAUCAUGCAAUUGUCAAUGAUACUGAUAUUGAAGCAAUUGUAGCUCAAAAAAAUGAAGAGAAUACUAAAGUGUCUGCUAAUCUUCGUCGUACUGAUGAGACUAAUUUAACUGAUACAUCUGUGAUUGAAAAACAAAAUGAUAACGAGCCUCCAAAUAAAAUAGAAACGGUGGUUAAGGCUGCAGCACCACAAUUAAAUUAUAAGUAUAAUAAUUAUCAAUGGAGUCCAACAAAUACUAGUGGCAAAAAAGAAUAUGAUCGUGAUUUUCUUAUGAAACUACAAGACGAUCCACGAUGUAAAAUCAGACCUGCAAAUCUACCUGACUUAGAAGUUGUACUGAAAGAUUGCUCAAGACAAACAACUCGUAAUAAUAACAUAGGUAUGCGGAUUUUUAAAGACACCAGGGUACACGAACAAUUUUUCCCUGAAUUUUCAAAAUCCUCCUUCGGCUCGAAAUUGCCUCCUCCAAUGAAUAAAAAGAGUUAUCAGGGCAAAUCUAAAGUAAUCAAACCAAAUGUGAUUCAUGUAUCGUUAUCACUACGUGAAGACGUAAAGUUACGUGAGACUGAAAAUGCUUGGAGACCAACGCAUCUUAAACCGCAAAAUCAAGAAGAAGAAAACCAAAAAAUACAAACGCUUUAUAAAAAAGUACGUAGUAUAUUAAACAAACUAACACCACAAAAAUUCACUACGCUUGUAAAUCAAAUGAAAGAAUUAAAUAUCGAUACACAAGAAAAAUUAGAUGGUGUUAUUAAAUUAGUAUUCGAGAAAGCUAUUGAUGAACCCAAUUUCUCAGAAGCUUAUGCUUUGAUGUGUUCCGAACUAUCUAAUACUACUACAUUGUCGGCUACUGAACAAGAUAAAAAAGAGAAAAAUGCUGCUUUCCGUAAGACACUUUUAAUUCGCUGCCAAACAGAAUUUGAAAAAAAUGCAGUCGAUGAAGAAGAAAGAGCUAAAAAACUGAAAGAAAUUGACGACUGUACAGAACCUGACAAGAAAAAGGAAUUACAAAUGCUUCUUGAAGAAGAAGAUCGUAGAAUAAGAUUGAAAUCUGUUGGAAACAUACGAUUCAUUGGAGAACUUUAUAAGCUGAGAAUGCUUAAACCUGAUAUUAUGGACCAAUGCAUACAAAGAUUAUUACGAAGUAUUGAUGAAGAAAAUUUGGAAUGUCUGUGCAAGUUAUUGUCAACGAUUGGAAAAAUAUAUGAAAAGAAAAAUAAUUUAUCUGAUUACUUUAAAAAACUAGAAGAGCUUGUGAGUACAAAAAACAGAAAAAUUAAUUCCCGGGUUCGAUUUAUGAUUCAAGAUGUAAUCGAUUUAAGAUUAAACAAUUGGAUUCCUCGACGAGAGGAAAAUAAUCCUAAGACAAUCGAUCAAAUUCAAAAAGAGGUUGAAUCAGAGCGUAUCGAAUAUCCAUUAAAUAAUCCGAUCAUGAAUACUCCUCGAAAGGACGAUCGAAACAAUGAUAAUAGAAGAAAAAAUCGAGGUCCCCACUCAGAUGAUGGUUGGAGCUCAGUAGGUAAACGAAUACCAUUCGCUGUAGAAACUUCGAAAUUCAAUACGAAACCUCCAGCAAUGGAUGAAAUCAAGCUAGGCAACAGAUCUAAUUACUUAUGGAACGUUGCUAAUGCUGGAAAUAAAUUUGCUGUUCUCAGUAGUAUAUCAUCAGAACAAGAUAAACGGUCACCGUGUUUACCACUUUCUGGAUCACGAUCAACCGGUCCAAGAGAAUAUCGAAUAGAGCCCGACACUCAUAAGUCUGCUUGGAAUGAUAACCGAGGUUCCCGAAAUGGAAGUCAUCCAAUGGGUAGUGGUAGCAGUAGCAGUAAUUCAAGUCGAGAAAAUUCGAUAAUGGAUGGAUCAAAGAGUCAAAGUAUUUCUAUGCCACCACCAUCGAAUAAAUUCAAACCUACUACUAUUAGUAGUUGUAUGCCGCCAAGUAAUACUCCGAUUAGUAAUAGACGCCAAAAGAGUGAAGAUGAAUUAGAAGACGUUAUUAAGGCUCUACUUGAUGAAUGUAAAUCAUUUGUAGAUACUAAGGCAUUCAUCACAGUUGCAAUGGAAGAAAUCCAAGACAACUUUGAUAGCUCAACAUAUCCACUCUUUAUUCGAUCAUCAAUAAAUUCUGUACUUGAUCGAUCAACAGUGGUUCGUCAAAGAUUUUCAAUUUUACUUGCUCAUAUGAUUAACGAAAAUUUUAUUCCUCUCAGUCUGUUUCAAUCAGAAUAUAAGCAAAUUAUAGAAGGUGCGGACGAGUUGGUCAUUGAUAUUCCAAUGUGUUGGGCAUACUUUGCAGAAAUAUUAUCGGAAUUGUUAGUGGCGAAUGCUCAUCCGUUCAGCGAAUUGAAACAAACUGUAGACAUACUCAAGACUGCUGGAACGUGUGGAAAACUGCUAGGAGAAUUAUUUAAUAUAUUAUCUAAAGAUCAAGGACCUAAAUGGGUUAUUGAUAAAUGGGACCAAAGUGGACUACAAUGGAGUGAUCUGCUGGAUUCAGAACAAGAAAAUAUUGAUAAUAUUUUUAGCAAAUAUAAGCUAGAAUUUUUGAUAAAUGGCUCUUAUAAUUCUGAAAUGUCAAUGUCUGACAAAGUAAUUCCUCUCGCUGAGCGUAUAGAUGAUAUUCAUGAUCACUUAAUAAAAUUAUUACGUGGUAGUUCCUUCGACAAUAUUACAAGUUGGAUAACUGCGAAUGUCGGUCCACAAUCAAAAGAAAAAUUAUUUAUAAAAACUCUCGUCACUGCAAUUAUGGAAGUUUCGACAGAACCGGUAAAAGAGACAUAUAAAUUCCUUCGUGAUAAUUUUAAUAAAUUUGUACCUCUUUUAACACGGUAUAUCGAUGCUGAGCCACAACUAGAACUUCAAUGUCUACUGGCAUUAGAAAUACAAGACUAUAAACUUGACCACCCUCAAGGUAUACUGAGCAAUAUAAUUCAAAUCCUCUUUGACAGUAGCACAAUUUCAGACGAAGCGUUUUUGGCCUGGCAGAAUUAUAUGGAUCCUACGGUCAUACGUAGUCAUCCCAUCGUGGUGACAAACUUAGCCACAUUUUUUGAAGGUCUAAAGGAUCGUAGUGAAUCUAGUGAAGAAUCGUGAAACAUGUCUUCUAGAUAUUUAUAACUAAUUUUAAACUACGAACAAUAAAUGUAAAAAAAAUUACUAUUGACGAUUUACCAAUAAUUUUCUUAUCGUCAUUAAGAAUUUUUUUGAAAGAUUCUCAGCGUUUUUACGCUGAGUGCGUGCAUGCAAAAGUGUAUGAAUGUUUAUGGAUUUGUUGAAUCAAUCCAUUGUGCUGAAAUUUGUAAAUUUAUUACAAGUCGCAUGCAAACAUAAUUAAAUUGAUUUUUUUAAAAGGUAAAAAUGUUAUAUAAUUGUGUUUUGAGAACGAUGAACACAAGUAAUACUAUAAAAGAAAACAAAUGAACAGCUUCGGUAAAAUAAUUUACCAAGUGUUAAACGUGGAAAGGUGAAUGUAUACAAUUUGGUAUGGUUAUACUAAAAAUAAUACAUUAUACAAUCAUUUUACAAUAGUGAGCAAUUGUAAAAAAUAUACAGAAAACAACAAAUAUAAUAAAUAUUAUAUUUGACAUAUGUUAUAUAUUAAGAUAAAUACAUAAUCAUUGUAUUAUUAAUUAUUUAUCGCUCUGACAACGAUAGAUUCGUUAUUUUACGUUUGUACUAGUGUAAUAAUGCUGAUGAAUAAAUGUUGAAAAAUGGAAAAUACACUAUGAAAAAUGCAAAAAUUCUCUCUAUUGUAAAAACAAAUACGCUAUUUAUGAAUUCGAUGAAUAAGGUCGUAUAAUGUAACCUUAUAGAUAGUAUAUUGUAUAAUUAUUUUACAGAACUUCAUAAAAAAAAUAAAACUAAAAUACAAAAUGCGGUAGCUAUAAAAAACAAAAAAGCGUCUGAGGAUUUCAGUUUGCAGUAAUAAUGCCUGAUUUGGGAUAACUAUUUUUUAAAAUUUCGCGUAUAUAUAUCUCUAAAUAAUUUAAAUAUAUUAUCGAUUAGAGCGUGAUCAGCGGUCAACAUAUAAAAAAUAAACAAUGCAUUAGAUAACAUUCAAAAUAAAUGAAAUAUUCCGAUGAAUCUGUACAAAUGGUAGAUUUUUUUGAUUACACAAAUUAGCAGAGUCAGAAUUAUUCCGCGAAUUGAGGCAUUACAAGAAAUAAUCAGCAUACAUUUUUUAGAGAAAAUUAACGAAAUACUAAAAAGUUCUACGAAAAGAUUAAAAAUAUAAUCUUUUAUUAACAAUAAGGAAUGUUAUGGUGUUAAAAUACUUGCCGAUUUCAUCUAUAAGUAAUCUUACUUGUGACAGAUAUUAUGAUAGUCUUUUUAAGGCUAAAAUUUUAACAAUAAAUGGAGUUAUACGUGUUCGUAACUUACAUUUUUCGUAUUAAUUAAUAUUCAUAAUUGUACAAAAUAUAAAAAAAAUCCAAACACCAAUGAUGUUCUUCAUCUUUUUUUGAAAUAUUAUAAAAAUAAGACACGUAUUUGUAAAUUAAAAAAAAAAAAAACUUAUAAAAACGACAGAAUAAAAAAAUUGCUCUUGCAAAUGUCUGCGAAAAAUAAAUUUGACCUCAGUAGAUUUGAGGUAGUUUUGAUUUUUGUAUAUUCUUCUUGAUUUAUUUUGUAACUAAAUAUAUCUAACUUAGAUUUUGAAUAAUAUUAAUGUAUAAUAUUCAUAUGAACAUAAAAAUAAUUUUAUGUUAUUAUUUUAAUUUAACGAGAGAUCCAAUGAACUCAAUAAGUUUAUAAGCGGUGAGGGGCGAUAAACAGAAUACAAACACCGUCCACAUGAAAUGAUGAAAAUACACUCAAUGUUCAUUUGUUUUCUCUCACUUGUCAAUUAAAUAAGAAUGACGCAUACCACAUAUUUUUUUUACAUAUUAUACAUAUAUGUAUUAUUUUUGCUUGUUACCGAAUGUUAUAAAAGCGAAGAAAAUUAAAAUCAUCUUCGCCUAGGAAAAAUACCAUUUUAUAGUAAAAUUUAUCGACUAAUAAGUUCAUGAAAUUUAUUUUGCUUUCAUGCUUUCGAUUUUCUGUCAUGUAAUGGUAUGCACAGAAAAUCUUUAUAAAUAUGAAUGAUAAAUAUAAUAAUGGUAAUUAAUUAAUUAAUCAAUUAAUUAAUUAAAAUUAUAGUAACAAUAAUAAUAAUAAGAUAUACUUGAUGAAUAUAUUAGAAUAAUUUAUAUAUGAAUAAAAAAAGUUGUUAAAUAAAUGAUAGAUUGUUAAGAUACUUUAUGAAUGGAAAAUAAUAAAUAAUCAUGUGGACAUAGUGUGAGUGUGUGAUAAUAGAUUUUUGGUGAAAUAUUGAAUAUUUGGGGAUAAAAAUAUACUCUUGUAAAUAAUAGUUAUGUAGUGAUAUCGAGGUUAAUAAUAAUUAACUAACUAAGGGAAUAAUGAAAUUUGUAGAAAAAGUGUCUAAUGGGUCAAAACUACAUUAUGAACAUUUCCACUACGAAAACAUAAAAAAAACUUGUGCGCGUAUUUUAUUGUGCAGCACUUCUGGGAAAAAGGUGUAUUGAACUCUAAUUGUGAAGUUAAAUAUUAAUGAGCUGCUGUAUUGCAUCAAUAUAUUGAAUACAAAAAUGAAACGUCGAAAUGAACAUUCAAACUUUCAUUAAAAAUGUUCAGUACUUCCUGUGUAUAUGUAAAACAGUAUAAAUACAUAUAUCGCUGAUAGAAUAAUGAUUGCUGAUUGAACAAAUUAACACCAUAAUAAACUUUUAAACGUAUGUACUACAUUAAUGAACCCAUCUACAAAAAACAAGAAAAUGAAAAAUAAAUACUUGACGUCAGA